AUGGCUGACUCUGAACAUUCUUCUUCUGAUGAAACUUCUGUGGAUUUUAAAGAGGAAACAAGUAAGGAAUCGGAGCUUGAAUUCUCUGAGGAUGAGGAGACACUUAUAAUUAGGAUGUUUAAUAUAGUUGGAGAGAGGUGGUCUCUAAUUGCUGGGAGGAUUCCUGGAAGAACAGCUGAGGAAAUAGAGGAGUACUGGAACACUAGGUAUUCUACAAGUGAAUGA